GAGAUCCGUGCCACCACAAAGACGCUGCUCUGCAAGGAUUCCGGGCCUGAACUGGGACAAGGACUAUAGUGGACUAUACAAAAAAGAAAAUCACGUCUGGAUCUCAGCAUGAACUCGUUGAAUUUCUGCGGGACGUCCAGCAGUGGAGUGUUUCCUGUCCAUGGUGUCAACUCUGUGCUGUUGGACCUGCACCACCAGAUGGCGGAGCAGUUCCACGCGUACUCUGCUGCAGGACCCACGGUGCACACACUCACUGUGGCUGAAAGACUAGCAGAGCUGAUUCUGGAGGCUCGCUAUGGAAACCAGCAGAAGCAGCGGCGCAGCCGCACAGCCUUCACUGUGUCCCAGCUGCAGGCUCUGGAAAAAGCCUUCCAACAGACACAGUACCCAGAUGUUGGCAUGAGGGAGAGGCUGGCUGUUUGCAUCAACCUGCCCGAGGCUCGAAUCCAGGUGUGGUUCAAAAACAGGAGAGCAAAGUUUCGUAAAGAUCAGAAGUGCUCCUCACUCCACAGAGACACCGGUGUGGAGGAGACGCCACAUCGCAGGAAAGUGGGACAGGAAGAAGUCAGGAGUGAAGGCCAACAGGACGUUGUCGUCACUGACACUGACAGCCACGUCCCUCCCUCUCCUCACCCUCUUCCUCCUCUUCCUCCAUCACAUGUUAGAGAGCCAUGCCCUCCUCUCACGCCCUCAGACUCUGACAUCUCACGGUGCAGCCUCCGCCUCCGCUCCCCUCCACUCUUCCCUUUCAUGACAGGGGAGCAUUACAGUCACCCACGUCACCCACAGCCUGCUGUAGGAAUAGUGUCCACUGAGCUCGGCCUCCCGCACAUGUUCUGGCCCAUCACACAGCAGCACAGCUCCACCCUGCAGGGGCUUCCUCCAGCAUCAGUGACUAAACACUGCAGCCUGUCCCUCCACACCGCAUGCUCCAGUAAACCUGUGCCUCACCCUCACCUGGGGCUGUAAAUGAAGAAUAAACUUAAAAUCAUUAUGAUGCUGCUGUGCUGUGAUGCUGAUUUUUUUUAUUUAUUUUUAUUUUUCAGAUCUUUUACUCAUCAAACUUGACAGAAACGCAGUAAAAAGCAGUGUAGGGUUUUUAUUAUCUUUGAAGGAAGUGACUUUGACGUUGACUUUUUGUCAAUUUUGUUGACCUUUGUUGACCUCUGUUAAUCCACUGUCCGAUGAUCAAAUAACACAUUCAUCUCUGGAAAUUAGUAAAAGAAAAAUAAACUGGCACACAAGUUUCACCUCCUCAUGUGUGGUAGAAAGUUGCAGUGGUGAGGGUUAGUGCACACAGUGCACACAGUGCACCACAGUGCAGCGAACAUGUUUAUUUCCUAUUGAGCAGACUACACUGAAUUGUAAGUGUACAACGAUGCAAGGGCACAUAUUUUCAGAGGUUAUUGUAAGUUUGAUUUGGUUUUUACCUGCACCACAUUUAAAGAUAUUCUAGUCUUCCUUCAGCACUAUUUAGCCGGCUACUAUGUCUAAAGUAUACAUAGCAUCAUGGUAAAGGUUUUCAAGAAAACCCUCCUCUUUGUAACAAAGCAAUGUAAAAUACAAAUGUGAAAUAAACUUAUUUCCUUGA